AUGCAGGGCUUCAAUAUGGGACGAUACGUCCCCCCUGAGUAUGAAGGAGUCAUCUCUGGAAAUAAGCUUGCUGGCAAGCAUGCCCUUGGUGCUCGCGCCCGAAACCUUCAGGCUACAGGAGAGCUCACAGUGAGGUUUGAGAUGCCAUUUCCAAUAUGGUGUUUGACUUGUCAGCCGGCAGAAUCGGUGAUCAUAGGACAGGGAGUGCGAUUCAACGCUCUUAAGAAGAAGGUUGGAAACUAUCAUUCCACCCCAAUAUACAGCUUCCGCAUGAAGCAUAGCGUAUGUGGGGGUUGGAUAGAGAUACGGACAGAUCCUCAACAUACAGAAUACGUGGUUACUGAAGGGGCCAGGCGGAAGGUAACCGCAGAUAUAGGAAAGGGUGAAUACGAGGAGACAUCUACAGGAGCUAGAGAAAUUCAAGUAAGAAUCCUUGGAAAUGCUGGAGGAGAGGAGAAAGCGGAUCCGUUUGCGGCACUGGAGGGGAAAAUUGCCGAUAAAAAUAAAUACAUGACUGAAAAGGUGCGAAUGGAAGAACUAUUAAAAAGGCAAGACCGGGACUGGGAAGAUCCAUAUGAGAAUUCAAGAAAGCUACGAAGAGCAUUUAGGGCAGACAGAAAGAAGCGGGAAGCGAUACAGUCUGAGACGGAAGCCUUAAAAGAGAAGUACAGCCUGGGUGUCGAUUUGCUAGAUGAGUCUGAGGGUGACCGUAUUCGCGCUGGAGUGGUUGAGUUCGGGCAAGACAGUGACCGAACUGGGUCUCCCCUAGCGUUGUCUUCGAACCUCCGAACAAAGCCACUUUUCGAAGCUGCCUCCACGCAAAAUACCCAGACUCUUUCUUCCACGCCUGACCCUAGUCAAACAAGAAAGCGGAGAAAAAUAGCGGAUAUGGCUGCCGAGAAAAAGGCUCUAUUACAAAGGGAGCUUCGAGGAAACACAAAAGCAGCUGUCGAUCCAUUUCUUCUCAUAGAUGAAACUAUUUGGCAACAACCAUCAAGAGUCAUAAAGAAAAAAAAGCCAAAUAAGUUGGCUAAUGAGAUAUCAACCGAAACACGAAACGAAAAUGAUGAUAUAAUGGGCAAUCAGUCUACAGGUGAUAUGGGAACCGGAAACAGUGUGGUCAGCAAUCAAAAUAUUGAUAAGGAAAAUGGCUAUCAUAUACAAUCAGCCUCACAGGAGCCAGAGUCUCGGAGACACCCCAGUACUGGACUGGUGGAUUAUGAGUCGGGAGUCGGAUUAAUACGAUACCUCAAUGAAUUCAUAUGGAUAUAG